AUGACAAAAGGACUCCCCACACCCCCAGAGAUUGAUCAGUCAUGGCGGCAGUCGGACGCGAACAAGCCCAUGGGCGUGAUGAUGGAACGUCUGGCACAGCAGUGUAUGGCAGAUUUGAACGACACCCUCACCAAAAUGGCAGAAGCUCCUCAAGCGCCGGCCCAGGCCAAUGGCAUUGUUCCUCAUGCCACCGACACAUCCGAGGCCAGCCUAUCGAGGAAACGUGCUCUGAUCGAAUUUGCUCACAAUCAGCGUGACCGCUUCAUCAAGACUCUGGUUCUGUCGGACUGGGCACGGAACGCUGACGACAUGGCACGGUUGGUCGAUAUCAAAGUAUGGCAGGAGAAGCAGGUCGCUGCCCAGCACGCUGCGAUGCGUUUCAUAGGUACUAUGAAGACCAACAUGGCCGGUGCGAAGAUGCCCAACCCGAACAUUGAGGGUGCGCUGGAGCUGCUGGCCACGGGCAAGGCGUCGCACAUACCAGAUCUGGGCUAUCUUCCCCCGAAGCGUCUUACAGCAAAGCAAUUGCUCAGAACUUUGCAGGAUAUGAAUGUUGCACUGGCGACUCGRCUGAAUCUGCAUGAAGAAUUGCCGUUUCAUUUCAAUGACUUCUCCAUUGCCAAUGGUCGGGCAACGUUUCAAGUGCCACAGGAAUUUGAGGUUGAUCUCUCUGUCGCGGAUGAGGAUACCUCCACCCCAUUCUACUUCAUCGACAUAAGAUUUCUGUUCAAUCCAGCGCCUACUCUUUCCGACGAAGGACUACGAGGGGUAUUGGAAAAUCAUGCAAACAUUGCGCUGGCCAAGGAUGGUACCAAGGGCUGUUACGACCUCAUCCACAACUUUGUUCUCACCCACAAGAUCAACGUGCUUCGUGAUCAGACUUUCAAUCUCUUGCGGGAGAAGUGGUUCGACUGCUUAGUUGUCGAGCUGAAGAAGAGGGUGUUGAUUAUCCAAUAUUGGAGCAUCAUGCCGGGUCCCAAAAGCUGGCUGGAGAUUGGUGUAUCUACUGGCAGACGGCAGGCCAAGCGAGCGCAAGCUGCCACACCUCAGCUUGCCGUCCGAUGGUUCCGCAACGGGAAGGAGGCUACACUAGAAGAGGAUGCAAUCCACGUGGACUGGCAAGAYAUCAGCGCGGAAGCUGUACUGGCUGUCACGACCGCAAAGCAUGUGUCUUGGAUGCUUGGUACAAUCAAGGAUCGGUUGCGCAAGCUCUCGAGUGCCACGAACAAGCUCACCAUCAAUCUCACGACGUCUGCAUCGAACCCCGAGGCAUGCUCGCUCGCGUUGUCACUACCUGGACUUCGCAUUCCGCUGACCGUAAAACUGUCGGGUGUCACUGGGAGAUGGUCCAUCUCUCCCGCGACUUCUUCAACAGCGCGCGUAGAGCAUGCCAUCAACGCCGACCAUACCAGCGAUAUUGCAACGUCUUUGGUUCAGCUUCUUGCUCAAUUGGUACAAGAACGCGUUGGGAAGGCAGCGGAACUCGCUGGGUGGAAGAGUAUUCCCAGACAAGCCCUAGUCCCUCUUACAUCAGCUAGCGUUGUCGCACUAUUCGGCACCGGWGUGAUCGCGAGGAGCAUUUACCGCUGCAGUGUUGGCUGGGGCGAUUCUUGGGCAUUGGUCGUGACCUUUGGCCUGGCUGGCGAGAAAUGGUGGGCGUCGCGGCUCGAGCAGUCAACCAGUGAUUCAAAGCUGAGAGUUAUUGCUGAGGCCAGGCGGAUUUCUGCCAAUCUCUUCACGGAUUGCAGCGUUUCAAGGGCGCAACUCCUCCGAGUUGAGAAAUCUGCUGCUGCUGAGAUCUCCAUGGCGGUGCUUACACAGGAGCUCCGCGAGCAGAGCAUACGUUUCAAAGUCGAGACCACCACUCCCCUGGAUGCUCGAUCCGCCGAUGCAGGCCCUGAGAGGCCAUCCACGUCAUCCACUGCUGUUGUCUUCGAUGCAGCUCCUCUGGUCAAGUCUGGACCCGAUGCAACCCCACGGACUCUCAAAACAGAUGUCAUUCGCCUGAUACACACUGGAGUAUCAGUAAUUGAGUCUGCAGACGGCGAGCAGUCAGGAAUGAGACAUUCCAUUCGAUUGACUGUCAAACCGGGGUCGCUGGGCCACCUGCAGACCUAUCUCGCCACGAAGAACCGAGAUUCAGACAUUGCUAUGAACAAGUCUGGUGCCUUGGCUUUACAGCUGAUGACGCCCUUUGGUCAGCGAUACACGCAACGAAUCAGAGCGAGAUUAGAGGCAUGUGGACGAUUCAACGAGUACCUCACCAUAUUGAACAUGUACAAGCAUAGAGUUCUGAAACUCAAUCUCAGACGCUUCGAGUUUGUUUACUCCGAAGAACCGAGAUUAACAGCAACGCUCAACUUCGACGGCAACGACGGCGGCUUGCCUGUGAGCCUCAAAUUAGGCCCUGCCAAUACCAAUCCGCAUCACCGUGGCCGCGUCCAGAUGGAACUGGCCCUCAACUCUUUGAGCAAGAAGGCUCCUCCGGCUGCUUUCCAUACCAUGCUAAGGAUAUUGACAAGCACGAUCCCAGCCUUUCAAACUUUCGACAAGAUUGAAAUUUCGCGGCCUGUGGGCUCAGUAGCAAUACACAUUCACAGCCCGCUGGCGUUUGUGGUGGAGUACAAGGCUCCACUACCCGCAUGCAAGAUCAUACUUCAUUUGAGGAGCCGAGCCAAAGGUUUCCACUGGAAAGUCGGUACGCCGCUUGGGGAGAAUGAUGGUAGGGGCUUACCAGAUCCUGUGCGAUUCGCGUUUUUGAAGCUUUGUCAAGAUCGAGGGGAGGGCUGGUUUGGGGAUGGGAAGGCAGCCUGUGUGGUUGAGAUGCCGGGGAUCGUGGAGGUUCUGAUGCGGGUUGAUGGGAUCAUGAGGGAGUUUGGAGGUGCAGAGGCUGACAAGGGAAAUGCUCUUGAUGCCUCUGAGAAUGGAGGGCAAGAUGCCACAACUUUCAAGUCUGCGGGGAAGAAGGAUCCUCGGCAAGAAAUAAUUGAGCUGGACUAA